GCCGCAGUCAGCGCAGUGACAGUUGGCUAGUUUAUGUUAAGUCGCUGAUUGGUGUUACCGGUCGAUUUUUUGUCUCAAAACCUUCUUCAAAUCGUAAUUAAUGUCCGUACUUAACUUUCUAACACGAGGGAAAUAAUGUUAAAGAAUCAAUGAAGCAAUAACUAGUAACGUUUACUAAAAAUUAUAUUUGUUUUCGUGUAAAUUGAUCGAUAUAGUGAGGGUGCUUCAACAAGGCCAUAAUGGCAAGAUUAAGAAGUUUACUAAUAGAACUUGUGGUAGUUUUUUGUAUAAUAAACACGGUUCUUAGUGCAACUAGUAAUGAUUCAGCGAGCAGGCGAACGUCAAACGGCCAGUGCAUAUGGUAUGGAGCUUGUUAUGAGGAUCCCAACACAGGAACGACGAAAAAUUGUUACUACGAUGGUCCUCCUAAAAAAUUGGUCGACGAAGAAGCGAUUGCCAUUUUGAAAAAACGUUGUCCAGAUUUGUCGCCCGAAGCGACAUGCUGUGGACCUGAUCAGUUGCAAAUUCUCGAACAGAACAUGGCCCUCCCCCAAACCUUGCUCAGCAGAUGCCCGCCUUGCAUGGAGAACUUCCUGAAAACAGUCUGCCACAUGACCUGUUCACCGGAACACUCCAGGUUCUUAAACGUCACCGAGAAGCGUUUCGAUCCAGAAACAAACACGACUUACGUGAACGAGAUUGAUUAUUUCAUGGAAAACUCUUUCAUGGAGAACGUGUUUGGAUCUUGCAGACAAGUUAGCGUGCCGGCCACCGGCGGAAAGGUAAUGGAUCUGAUGUGUGGAGACUGGGGCUCCGCCAAAUGCACUGCCUUGAGGUGGUUCAGUUACUUGGGCAACAAAGAGACUCCUAUGGUACCGUUCCAGAUUACAUAUCACAACGAAACUGGGCCCACAAAGGGCUUCGUUCCUCUCAAUUUACCGACUGUGCCCUGUAGUAAAUCAGCAGAUGGCAUUUCACCGGCUUGCAGUUGCAUCGACUGCGAAGAGAGUUGUCCCGUACCGCCUCCUCAACCGCCACCAGUCCAGCCUUUCACAAUAGCAGGUCUGGAUGGCUAUGCUUUCGUCAUGACUGUCGUCUUUUUGGUGGGCUCAACAGUAUUUUUACUCGGCGCCUUUUUCUGUUCGGGAAGGAAAAAUUUGGGUCGAAAUGCGUACAGCUAUUCGAGGGAUGAUUUCGAUACAGGGACGGAAUCAAAUUUCGACGAGCGACAAGUGGGCUUGGUGAGCGGAGCGGAGGAGAUGCGUGCAGAAGUGGCACGACGCCUGGCGGUACCACAACAUCAUUCAUCCCAGGUGGCCCUAGGAGAUGCCGAAGAUAGCCCUUUGCAAUCUUCAAAGAGAUCUAGCAUGACGUCAGAACAAGCCCACGAAUUGGAAACCCAUUCCAUAAGCAAACAUCCCGACGACUACGAGCACGUUUCGUCGUUCAUCGAAAAGUUGGGCGCCAACACGGACACUCUACUGCAGAAUUUCUUCGAAAAAUGGGGCACCUUCUGUGCCGAACGUCCUUGGUUGAUCCUCUUUUUGGGGGCUUGUUUAGUCAUGGGACUCGGUCACGGGAUCAAAUAUCUCAGGAUCAUCACUGAUCCAGUAGAACUCUGGGCUUCCCCUACAUCUCGCAGCCGUAUAGAAAGAGAAUUCUUUGACAGUCACUUUGAGCCAUUCUACCGUACAGAGCAAGUGAUCAUUCGGGCUGUCAACCUCUCCAACGUACACCAUAAUACCUCAGAUGGCGUUCUAGUCUUCGGUCCGGCCUUCAACCCAAAUUUCUUGAAGUCAGUGUUGGAUCUACAGGAAAGAAUACAGUCGAUUGGCGAAGGAACAUCGUAUAGCUUUGACAAGAUAUGCUUCGCGCCUUUGAGGAAAGAAGGCCAGAAAAAAACAGAGGUUACUGAGUGUGUGGUCCAAAGUAUUUGGGGUUAUUAUCAGAACGAUAUCGACACUUUUGAAGAAGAUGGUACAGAUCCUCUUGGAUAUCAAACCAACUAUUUGGAUAGAUUCAUCAAAUGUGCUGGAAAUCCAUACGACCCCGUCGAUUGUCUUGCUCCAUAUGGAGGCCCCGUCGAUCCAGCGAUUGCAAUGGGAGGUUUCCUAAGACCUGGCGAAAAUCUAGCCAGACAUACAGACUAUAAGAACGCUACCACAGUCAUCCUAACAUUUGUCGUCAACAACUACCAUAACAAGAGUUUAUUGGCUCCAGCGAUGAGCUGGGAACAAGAAUUCGUUGCCUUUAUGAAGAACUGGACUGCUACUCAGAAACCCUAUUACAUGGAUAUCGCCUUUACCUCGGAGCGUUCGAUUGAAGAUGAACUUGAUAGAGAGAGUCAAGGAGAUGUUGUAACUAUUCUUAUAUCUUACAUGAUUAUGUUUGCAUACAUCGCUAUAUCUCUUGGACAAGUUAAUACUUGCUCUAGACUUCUCAUCGACAGCAAAGUUACUUUAGGUCUUGGUGGAGUAUUGAUUGUACUAGCCUCAGUUAUCUCAUCUGUUGGUUUGUUUGCCUUCAUUGGUACUCCAGCUACUCUAAUUAUUAUAGAAGUAAUCCCAUUCUUAGUCCUAGCUGUAGGGGUCGACAAUAUCUUCAUUCUAGUACAAACUCAUCAACGAGAUGUCAAGAAACCUAAUGAAACACACGCUCAACAUAUCGGCAGAACUUUAGGACACGUUGGUCCAUCUAUGCUGUUGACCAGCGUCUCGGAGAGUUGUUGCUUCUUCUUGGGAAGUUUGUCUGAUAUGCCAGCUGUCAAAGCUUUUGCAUUAUACGCCGGUAUGGCUUUGCUGUUCGAUUUUUUGCUUCAGAUCACUUGUUUCGUCAGUUUGAUGGCGUUGGACAUUGCUAGACAGUCUGCAAACAGAUUUGAUAUAUUCUGCUUCAUAAGAGGCUCGAAGAAAAACGAACCAACCGGCUCUAUCGGCCAAGAAGGUCUUCUGUAUUCCUUCUUCAAAUAUAUUUACGUGCCGAGCUUAAUGAACAAGCCGGUCAGAUGUGCUGUGAUGGUUAUAUUCUUCGGAUGGUUAUGUUCCUCGAUAGCUGUAGCUCCACAUAUAGAAAUAGGUUUGGAUCAAGAGUUGUCCAUGCCUGAAGACAGCUUCGUGUUGAAAUAUUUCAGGGCGUUAAAGGAUUAUUUGAGUAUAGGAGCCCCAGUGUACUUUGUUGUAAAAAGCGGACUCAACUAUAGUGACGUUGAUGCUCAGAAUCUGGUGUGUGCUGGAAGGUACUGCAAAAGUGAUUCCUUGGUCACCCAGCUAUACAGUGCUAGCAAAGUUCCAGAAACCAGUUACAUAGCGAGACCCUCUUCAAGUUGGGUUGAUGACUAUUUUGAUUGGGCUGAUUCCAAGCCAUGUUGUAAGUUCAACAAGACUGAUCAUAGUUUCUGUUCGCACACUGAAUAUGGUUGUCAAUCGUGUAACAUAAAAUUCGGCGGUAAAGAGCACCGCCCCCUUCCCGAAGAAUUCAGUCGCCACGUCUCGUUCUUCCUGCGCGACAAUCCCACCAUUUCUUGUCCAAAAGGAGGUCACGCAGCAUACGGCCAAGGAGUGAACUACAACACCAACACCACGACCAAAUUGUCCACAGUGGGAGCCUCCUAUUUCAUGACUUACCACACGAUUUUGAAGACCUCCGAAGAUUAUUACGAGAGCAUGAGAGCGGCGAGGAAAUUAGCAGAUAACUUGACGCAAACUGUUGGUGUGGAGGUUUUCCCUUAUUCGGUGUUCUAUGUGUUCUAUGAGCAAUAUUUGACGAUGUGGCCGGAUACGUUGUUUAGUUUAGGUGUCAGUGUUGCAGCAAUAAUGGUAGUGACCUUCCUCUUGAUGGGUCUAGAUAUAUUCUCCAGUAUUGUAGUAAUAAUUACGAUAUCCAUGAUCAUCGUGAACUUAGGAGGGCUCAUGUACUGGUGGCAUAUCACCCUCAACGCUGUAUCUCUAGUCAAUUUAGUAAUGGCAGUAGGAAUCUCAGUAGAGUUCUGCUCUCAUUUGGUGCACAGCUUUUCGAUGUCGUUGAAACCUACCAGAGUCGAAAGAGCUGCAGAAGCUUUGGCAACGAUGGGCAGUUCGAUCUUUUCGGGGAUCACCCUGACGAAGUUCGGUGGCAUCAUCGUGCUCUACUUCGCCAAAUCGCAGAUCUUCCAAGUCUUCUACUUCAGGAUGUACUUGGGAAUCGUCUUAUUUGGAGCUGCUCACGGGCUCAUCUUCUUACCAGUUUUACUUAGUUUUAUAGGAUCGCCAAUGAACAAAGAGAAAUUGGCCAACCGCCGCAAUCUCAAUGGCGACCAUUUCCAGGAGACACAUUUCGGCAGAGCGUGAUCAAGCGUAGAAGCCCCCACCAACACCAUACAUAUUAGGAGUACUCGUGGUCUCGGACGAUGGUGCCACCUCUGCUGUCAUCCGUCUCCCAAUGCCGCCCCUACGGUGCUCUAGCUCCUGAUUGCAUAUAGUCCUAUACUAGGACUCUUCAAGUAUUGUUAGUGCGAUAUCAUAAAUAUACCAAUUCGACGUUUUCUGACUAAAUUCUUGGUCGCUAAAGUGAUACGUGGCAACUCCAAAUAUGUCGAGUGUCUUAAUUUUUUUUACUUAAUAGAUCUAUUUACAUUUCUCAUGGUUUUAGUGGCCGUUUUGGUAACGGUAUAACAUACUUUUUCGCUUGAGAGGCUAAGAUUUACCGUACAAUUUACAUUUAACGGUGAAAUUAUUAGCUUUGUUCGCGGAGACAAUCCGUAGCUGGUUUGUGACUGAUUCGCAUGCACUAAAGCGUUUUCCACGUUCGCGGUGGAAAAAAUCCGGGACUUUGGCCAAAAAUUUCAUGUUCGCGGGGUUUUUCUAACUGGUUUAUGAUCAGUCAAAAGCAGGUCCAUUGGGUUUAUGGAUUAUGAAUGUUUGGUCAGCGCAAGCGCUAUGCUUACAGACACUGUAAAUUGUCAAGUUUUUUGUUUAUUAUUGAAUCCACAAGGAAAAGAAAAUGUUUUUCCUGUAGUUGGCUGUAUACCAUCAAUCACAAAAUUGGAAAGAAAUCCUUUGUAAAAGGUAUAAAAAUUUUUUUAUUAAAAUCCCUUAAAAGGGAUACAUCACAACAAAACGUUUUCGAUUUUUAUAAAAAAUCAUCAUCAGUGUUCGAUCUAAAAAUAAGUAUAACUGAUUUAAUGAAUAUAAAGUUGGUAUUUAAAUUUUGACUAAGGUUAGAGCAAGUUGGUUAUAUUUACAAACUGGAUGCUAGCUGAGCCACAAAAGAAAAAUAUCCGGGUAAAAACCCUUUACAUAUAAUAUAGAUGCCUUAAAAGUGCAUACUUCAAUAAAAAGCCCUGUGAUGGUCACAUGGCAACCAGGAUAAUGCCCUAAGGUAAUGUAUUGAGAUUUCACAUCACUCAUUUCGCAUUCAGUUGCCAUUAAGUCAUUGAAAUGUUAUCAACUCGAUUUGGAUCCCACGUGUUGGGAAAUCUCAAUACAUUACCUUAGGGCAUUAUCCUUGUUGUCAUGUGACCAUGACAGGGCUUUUUAUUGAAGUAUGCACUUUUCAGGUAUCUAUAUUAUAUGUAAAGGGUUUUUACCCGGAUAUUUUUCUUUUGUGGCUCAGCUAGCAUCCAGUUUGUAAGUAUAACCAACUUGCUCUAACCUUAGUCAAAAUUUAAAUACCAACUUUAUAUUCAUUAAAUCGGUUAUACUUAUUUUUAGAUCGAACACUGAUGAUGAUUUUUUAUAAAAAUCGAAAACGUUUUGUUGUGAUGUAGCCCUUUUAAGGGAUUUUAAUAAAAAAAAUUUUAUACCUUUUACAAAGGAUUUCUUUCCAAUUUUGUUUAUUAUUGGUUAAUUCUAACCAACUGGUUAAUUUUCGAAAUCACUAAUUCGUUUUAUUUUUUACCCUACCCAUUUCGACAAUUUCGUCUAGAUCAAGAAAAUAAAAUUAAACUUAAAAUUUAUGAAAAUAUACGUAAAGUUUGUUUAGCAGUAAAUGGUUGACUUCAAUGGUCAAUAUUUGUACUGGUACUUCAAUAGUAUAAAAGGCCCGGUUUCAGGUAAAAUUUAAAUAUGUUAGAAUGUUUGUUUUUCUAUAAUAUCAGAAACUGAAAUAGAUUUAAUUUAUUUUAAAACUCAUUUGAAAACAUUAAUUUCGGGUAUAUAAGGCAAAGCAAUAUAUUUUACAUCCGUUUUUUUUUGUUUUUGUCGUCGUAAUAUUGUAAAUUUUGUGGAUCCUUUGCUUUAUUAUAGGAGUACCGUCUAGUCAGAGUUAAUUAUCAAAAGACCAACUCUGUCUACCUCGUUUGCUUAUCGCUCCGGAGUGGUCUUAACAAUGGGCCAGGUCAGAUAAAUUUAAUAAUAUUUACGACCGCACUAAUUGAAGUCAACCAUUUACUGCUAAACAUACUUUAACUACAUUUUUUCUUGUGAAUAUACAUUGAUGAGCGCGCUAAUAACCGGCAAAAUAACGUAAAAGACGGAAACCAAAUUAAGUUGUGAGAUAAAAAGAGAUGAAACUAGUAGAGGUGGGAAAUUUGGCGAUAGAAACCUAUAACUAUACAUUAUAUUGAUCAUUUCUUACCUUUAGACGUAUCGUACGAGUUUGGCAACUACCAUUGUGACAGUAACAGUUUUAGUUGAUACUCCUCUGAUACGUCUAAAGGUGGGAAACAAUGAAUAUAAUGCAAAUUUGUAGGUUUCUAUCAUUAAAUUUCCACCUCUACUAGUUUCAUCUCUUUUUAUCUCACAACGUAAUAUGUUUUCCAACUUUUGCGUUAUUUUGCCAGUUUGUCGUUUUUGUUCAUUUUAUUGUUAGUUAUGUAGAAAGUUUGAAGCCACCAUAUUUUCUAUGUGUUUGGGAGUCCAUUUUUGUAUUUAACCCAAUUUCCUAAAAAUUGUCACUUACAACCCUUGUGUUCUAAAGGCCUCAUAUGCAGUUCUAUGUAUAUUCGCAAAAUUAGUUUACCAUGAACCUCUAAAAUCCUCCACAGAUUUCCCCCAAAAUAUUCCUCCAGACGCUUCCAAAUUACCCCAAAAUUCCCCAAUCUGGCAACUCUGGAAAAUCGUUCGCGGAGAACUGAAACCAACGCGCGACAUUAAUCCCUAAUUGGUCCGAAAGUUGUCGAAACCUAGUCAGGGACUACCUCCACAAACAAAGCUAUUGACCAAAAUAAUGGCAUCUUUCUAGAGUGAUAUCUUUAAAUGCUUUAAUAGAGUAUGUUUAUUGUUAUCGGCAGGUUAUUUUGAAUUUAAUUUAAGAUAAAUAUUUUUUAAUUAUUAUACUCAUUUUUUACCAAUCAAUAUAUGAAUAUUGAAUAUAUUGACUGAUUUAAAUACUUUUCUAUAUUUUUAAUAGUUUUAUCUUUGGAAGGAGUCCUGAAAUAGUAGAAGGUAAUGUUUUUUGUUACAUAUCUUUAAAAAUAACUAACGUGUACCUAACAAACUUAAAAAGGCGAUUGGUAUCUAACUCUUUGGUAGUGAAGUAUUGAAGCCUGAUUGAAGAUGAUUUAGCUCUGCCCAUUCAAUUACUUAUUCGGCUAUAAGGUUGCAUUGGUUAUAGCCAAUCAUACAGUGUGAUGACUAUUAAAGUUUCUUGUAUAUAACUUUUUUUCUAUAUAAAAUGAUGUGUGUUCAUUGGAGAAUUAAGUAACGAAACUUUGAAGGAAAUGCACAAAUUUAUUGAGUUGUUAACAGCUUAGGGUACAAAACGAUACUAAAUUAAUGAAUACAAACUAUUUCUUAAAACCUUUCAUAGUCCUGGCAAAACACACACAGUGGCGUGCUCGCCAUAGCAUAUAUUGAUGGAUGCGGGAAUGGAGGAAGCGCUUCUAGUGGCUAUAUUCCAUUCUUGGUUUGUAUAUAUUAACUAUUAUGGUUUUGUCUAUUACGGUUGCUAGUGUGAAGAGUUCUUGAGAUAAGUAAGAGUGUAUGGUGCUAACAUUUUUUAUGCCUAUUCUACAGUAGGUAACAAUCCCAUAUUGUGGGUGAUUAAGUGAGGUUACUAAUCUACAUCUUAGAUAGGGUUAGAAGUUGUCAGCAGUGUGUGUUUCCAGACCUGUGACUAUAUUAGCUUACUGAUGUAUUCUCUCUUGCUUCGGCUAAUGCCUUUAAUGUUUAUUUAGCAUACUUGGAUUUUUGGUCUAAUUGUCAGAUAGUUCUGAGAAGAACCAGGGUACACCACGAGGAGGCAAGGCAGCUUUAUUUUUACCCCCCGUAAAUAAUAACAUUUAGUAUCGAAAGAUUUUGGAAACAACUACUGGGUCUGUCCAUAGCAUAUAGCAAUGGCGUAGAAAAUGGGGUUCGAUAAAAACACUACCAAAUUAAUACUGUAUUUUUCAAAGGGAUGUAACAAAAAUUUAAUCGAAAUGUGAUAUUAGAUGCUCAUCAUAACUCUUUGAGUUAUCAAGAUCAAAGAGUUAUCCUUUUAACGCCAAAACUGUUACUAGAACCUUAAUAUUAAACAAAUUUUUACGAAUAUCCAAAUUCGAAUCUUUCAAAUAACUGCUAUCGUGAAAUUAUUGUCGCAUAAUUCACAAAAACACGGCAGUGUAGAAAAAAAUUUAAUCUCACAUGAAAACCACCGGCAACAUUUUUCUAGAAUAUCAAAAGUCGGUGUUUCAUAGCACGCAAAAAUCAUUUUUGUAUCAAAAAUUUUGCAAAAAUCAUUUGUAAAAAAAAAUUAAUGAAAAAUCCUUUAUAAAAGGUAAAUUUAUUUAAGAAAAAAUAAUCAAAGGGCCACAUUUACACAAAACGUUUUUCGAUCUAAGUAGAUCAUCAUCAGUACUGUUACCUAAAAUAAGUAUAACCAUUUUAGGGAAUCCGAAAAUGUUAAAAAAUUGAAAUGUUGACCAAGGUAAAAAGCAAAGUUUGGUUAUACUUUUACAGGCAAAUCACAUGCUGUGUCACCAAAAAUACAUGGAUAAAAAUUGUAAGGAUGUGUCCUUUGGCUUCCUAUUAUUAGAAAUAGCAGAUAAUAAAAGGUACAAAUAAACGUAAACAAACUAUUUAUUUUAUAACCGAACCGUAUUAUAACAAUAUACAUACAGAGAAAUUAAGAUGUGUCUUAUACCGGGUGUCCACUUAUAUUUUCCCCCAUUUUAACUGCCUAUAACUUCUAAACGGUUCAAGAUAGAAAUAUGCGGUUUUCGCUGAAAUGUUUUAUUUUAGUAAAAGUUUUGUCUGAAUGGAUUGAAUUUUUUAUAUCGCUUUCAAAUACGAAAUAAAAAAUGGCGGAUUUUUGAAAAAACUUUGUUGACUUUUUUUUAAUGGAACACCCAGUAUAUUUUUUUGUAAAUUGAAAGAAAGGAUAUUCACCUAUCCAGUGAUAUAAAGUUUUUCAAAAUCGGUUGUCAAAUCACUGAGUAAUUAAUUUUUAAAAUGAGGCGUGCAACGUGGAUAUCACAUACCCAAAUAACAUAACUGAUAUUAUAUGCAAAUAAAAUAGCAAAAUGAUAUUAUGUUAUGUGAUUUCCACAUUGCAUCUCUCAUUUUAAAAAUUAAUUGCUCAGUCAUUUGGCAACCGAUUUUAAAAAAAAAUUAUAUCGCUGGAUAGGUAAAUGACCCUUUUUUCAAGACACAAAAAAAUAUACUGGGUGUUUUAAUAAAAACAGUCAACAACGUUUUUUUUUUCAAAAAUCCGCCAUUUUUUUUAAAAGCGAUAUAAAAAAUGGUCAUGUACCUAAAAACUUGGAAAAACGGUCAUUUAUCUAUCCAGCGAUAUAAAAAUUUGUUAAAAUCGGUUGUCAAAUGACUGAGCAAUUAAUUUUUAAAAUGAGAGAUGCAAUGUGGAAAUCACAUAACUUGCUUAGUUAUGUUAUUUAGGUAUGUGAUAUCCACGUUGCACCUCUCAUUUUAAAAAUUAAUUACUCAGUGAUUUGACCACCGAUUUUGAAAAACUUUAUAUCGCUAGAUAGGUGAAUGGCCUUUCUUUCAAUUUACAAAAGAAUAUACUGGGUGUUCCAUUAAAAAAAAGUCAACAAAGUUCUUUUCAAAAAUCCGUCAUUUUUUAUUUCGUAUUUGAAAGCGAUAUAAAAAAUUCCAUCCAUUCAGACAAAACUUUUACUAAAAUAAAACAUUUCAGUGAAAACCUCAUAUUUCUAUCUUGAGCCGUUUAGAAGUUAUAGGCAGUUAAUAUGGGGGAAAAUAUAAGUGGACACCCGGUACAACGUAUACUUCUAGACUACAUAUCGAAGGCAGAACUAACAUACAGUUCUGGCAUUCACAUUCCCUGUAACAUGAUACUUUAUGCAAUUUUAGGUAAGAGUGUAUCGUCCUAAUGCAUUCGGAGAAAUGCCCGCCCACGAAGAAAGACUUGUUCAUUCUAACACUUAACAAAAAUAUAUUAUAGCUGAUAAGCAAAUUCCAAUACCUAUGACCCCCAACAAGGCAGGUGGGUUGCUUAAUUGACAAUAUGUCUUCACAUUAAGGACUGUGAGUAUCAACUGGAUUGAGUGUUGGGAACAUUUCUGAUUGAUGUCUGAACAAGACUGUCAAUGUAGCUUAAGGUUUUGUGAAUAAGGCUUUUCAUUCACAGUCAUUUGUUUCGAGCUUCUGUCAUGUGUCACAUAAAAUUAAUAUAUCUACGUCAUACGUUAUUGGUAUCCACCAUGAUACAAACCGAAGACGUAUGACGUAGAUAUAUUAAUAUUAUGUGACACAUGACACAAGCUCGAAACAAAUGACAAUCGAUGAAAAGCCCUAUUCAUCUAAUGUUACAAUAGCCAUCAGUUUGAAUCACUAACCACAAAAACCUUCCAAAUAGGACUUUUCAUUCACAGUCAUUUGUUUCGAGUUUCUGUCAUAUGUCGUAUAAUCUGUGUAUAAUUAUUAAUAUACACGGAUUAUACAACAUAUGACAGAAGCUCGAAACAAAUGGCAAUCGAUGAAAAGCCCUAUUGAUGGCUAGUGUAACAUUAGAUCGAUGAUAUCAAUGUCGUAUAAGAUACGAUUUUGAUUUUGAUCAGAGAUGAUUACUGAAAUACCGACUUUUGAAAUUCUGGAAAAAAUUUGAGGGUGGUUUUCAUGUGGCAUUAACUUUUUUCUAUACAUACUACCGUGAAGAAGUUUUGAAAACCAAAUGUUAUUUAUUAGAAAAUUUAGACACUGAAUGGUUUUUCUAGGUAACUUUUUUUACAACAACGGAAAAACAUUGUAUAAAUUUAUAUAACAGAAAUUAAAUAGAUGUUUAGUGAUAAGAGGCAAAUAACUGUUGUAGUGGACCGCUAAAGGAUGAAACAAGAUGAACAUUAUAUGGAAAAAUUACUUUUACUGAGGCUUUUUCCUUGAUUAUUGCUAUAAUUUUCCUUUCUCGAGAUUCAAGAUUUUUCGUUAAGCUUGAAGUAUACUUAAGAUAAAUUAUAUCAUCAUUGAUGGUUCAAGGACCUGACUUUAUUGAAUAGAGAUAGAAAAUAAUCUGAAGUAAUUAAUUUUCAUAUUACAUUAGCCGCAUAUUUUUUAGAGAUAAAUUUAUUUAGAAAGUGUUCACUCCUUUAGUGGUCCAAUACUUAUGGCAAUAUGUACCUAUUCAACGUUUUUGAUUUCAAUCUCUUAUAUUUUCAAUAACAGAUUUUAUGUUAGCAUAUAUUCUGUAAAAAACCAUAUAUGAACUUAAAUGAUGGUUAUGUUUUGCGUUAUUUAUCUUUGUUUAUGAUCUUUUACUGAUUAAAAUAUAAUUUUUAUUCACAAGAAUGUAAUAGCGAGUGUGAUUAUAUUGGUAUUUAUUUUUUUUUUUUCUUACAAAGGGCCUAGCCGGGUAAGAUGAUGAAAAAUGCCCCCAUCUCGAUUCAAAUUGUAUAAGGUCAACGUUUAGAACAUAUAGAGAAACUCACUUUCUGAAAUUUUUAGCCCCAUAGGUGGUCACGUGACCCACCUAGAGCCUAAUUAGGCUUUAUAUGUUUUUAUUUUUUAUCGUAGCCACAUCGAGAGCUAGCGAAAAACUUUAGAUAAAAAAGUUGUAAGUGUCAAAAAGUUCUGUCCGAAAAAAUUUUUAUUUUUAAUUUUUGGCGGGAAAUCCAAAUUUUAGAACGAUUUUAAAAUUUUAAAUGAGUAUAAAAAAAUAACUACGACAAUCGUUUUUACGAAAUAAAUUUAUAACGUGUAUUUUUGCAUAAUGUUUCACCCUGAAUUUUUUCAGAUUUUUAAAAUUGGUGAAACGUACUUUUACAAAUAAAAAACCGCAUUUUUUUGUUUUUUUUUUUUGUCUUUUUGAUACAAUUUUAUUCAUGGUGUUUAAAAAAGGUAACACCGUAACUAGGAUAGAUAAAAAACUGAAAAACAAUUGGGGUUUGAUUAAUCAAAAAAAUUUUGUAAUGCCAUCCAUUUUUAAGAUACAGAGCGUUGAAGAAAAUAAAAUUUUACACAUUUUUUACGAUUUUGCCGAAACUACUGGCAAAAUUGUAAUAAAAUUUGGCUGAUUUUAAGAGGUAGUUAUUGUGCAUUUUUUGACACACAAUUAAGAAUUUUAUAUUCAUCGUUGGCGCGCAUACGGGUAAUGGUCUGAAUUUUUUAAAGAAAAAAAGAUAGUACGCCACUGACAUAUUUCAAAUUAACAAUCAUUUUUUAAUUCCUCGUUCCAUUUGUGACAAAAAAUAAAAUAUCUUAACCCGUACAAAGUAUUCGAACUAGUAUGUCUAAUACUCGUAACUCAUACAUCCAUAUAAAAACUUAAUUCUAAUACUUUGGAAUUAUUAAGAUAUUUUAUUUUUUGCGUGCAAACGGGGUGUCGUAUGAAAAAAAGGGAAGAUAUAUUUUUAGUCACAAAUGCAACGAAGAAUUCAAAAAUGAUUGUUAAUUUGAAAUAUGUCAGUAGCGUACUAUCUUUUUUCUCUAAAAAUUCAGACCAUUGCUCGUAUGCGCGCCACUGAUGAAUAUAAAAUUCUUAAUUGUAUGUCAAAAAAUGCACAAUAACUACCUCUUAAAACCUACCAAAUUUUCUUACAAUGUUGUCAGUAGUUUCGGCAAAAUCGUAAAAAAUGUGUAAAAUUUUGUUUUCUACAACGCCCUGUAUCUUGAAAAUGGAUGACAAAAUUUUUUUAUUAAGCAAACCCCAAUUGUUUUUAAUUUUUUUAUCUAUCCUAGUGACGGUGUUACCUUUUUUUAAACACCAUGUACAAAAUUGUAUCAAAUAGCGAAAAAAAAAAACAAAAAAAUGCGUUUUUUUUUUAUUUUUAAAAGUACGUUUCACCAAUUUUUAAAAUCAGAAAAAAUUCAGAGUGAAACAUUAUGCAAAAAUACACGUUAUAAAUUUUUUUCGUGAAAACGAAUGUCUUAUUUAUUUUUUUAUACACAUUUAAAAUUUUAAAAUCGUUCUAAAAUUUAAAUUUCCCGCCAAAAAAAAUGUUCGGACCGAAAUUUUUUAAGCUUACAACUUUUUUAUUUAAAGUUUUUCGCUAGCUUUCGAUGCGGCUGAAAUAAAAAAAAUAUAAACAUAAAAAGCCUAAUUACACUCUAGGUGGAUCACAUGACCACCUAUAGGGGGCUAAAAAUUUCAGAAAGUGAGUUUGACUAUAUAUGCUAAACGGUGACCUAUAUGGAAUUCGAAUCGAGUUGGGGCAUUUUUCAUCAUCUUAUCCGGCUAGGCCCUUUCACCAAAUAGACUUGCUUCAUUUAUCUUCAUUACUGUAUCGAGGCUUUUAAUCUUGAGUUGUAUUUUCCUUAUGUCUAGUGCUCUCCUAAGUUAGUUUAAAUGAAUUUUUGUUUUUUUUUUUUGUCAAAUUUUAGGUAUUUUAAUAGGACAAUGAUAUUUAUGGGACUAAACAAGGGAAGGUACCUAUAUGUCAAGGAAUGAUAAAAAGAAAAAAUCAUAGUCAGUAGUUAUGUUUUUUUACUUCACAUUUUUGACACAAUUGUAUUUAUAUGUAACCUUUUUUUAAGUUAAUAACGUUACUACAACGCAAGAAACGAUAAGGAAACAUCUUUGUGCGUCCUUAGCGUGACGCUAUUGUUCGAGGUGUGAAAUUACAUAAACAAGGGAUCAUUUCAUAAAAGAGGUAGAUCCCUUGUUUAUGGAAUUCCACACCUCGAACAAUAGCACUCUUAGGUAGUUGGUACUAAUACACUGGAUGUGACCCCACCACUUUUGAUAUGUCGAUAUUUUGUGGCCUGUUUGUCUUCUUCUUGCCGUCCCAAUGUCCUAUUGAUUACUCUUUCGUUGUACAGCGUGAUUGUUUUGAAUUGUUUAUGAGCAAAAACUAUCAAUUGUCCAUGUAAUUUUAAAAUGAUUUUUAUUAUAUUAUCUUCAAAGACAAUUUUGAAUGUUUUGUUUUGUAGUUUAACAUUCCAAAAGUACUAAAAGUGCAGCAUGUCGCUGUUGUAUUUAUGUAUUUGUAACGAGAUUUUUUUGUAACUUGAACAGUGUCUAAAAUAUAUGUAUUUUGUAUUA